GCCACAACACACAGAAUACUCUCUCUAUUACUCAAGUAAUGUGUAGCUACAUCUGGGUGGAGUUGUUUUUAGUUUCAGCUUGUUAGUGAGAAGUGGAGUUCUUUUAGUGGAAACCCAUAUGUUGUUUUGUGUUGAUAAUGAAGCCAUCUAACUUACUUGGUCUGAUUAUGGUUUCAAUUCUGUUCCUUUGUUUGCUUCUUAUUGAGGCAAAAUUGAUGUUGCUAUCAUGCAUUAAUUAAGGAAAUGAUCUUCAUCAUCAUCAUCAUAAGUUCAUCAUGUUGACCACCACUGUUGAGAUCUUGCAUUUGUUGGAAACUUGCUUGGUUAAGGUUUACUUUGUGUUUAGACCCAUUGUAGUUGUUUCUGUUAAUGUUUCCAUGGAAAAAGAUUGAAAAGAAGUACCAGCAAAUCAUAGAUUCAAUCAAUGUUGACAAUUUGCUUGUUCUUUCUGAUGCUGUAGAGGGUUCUUUAAUUAUUUGCAGGGGUUAUUCAGAGAUACUGUCACCUGUGAGUGUUCAAAAUUUGUUCUUUUUCCACAAUGUACUAGGUUUUCAUUUCGAAGAAUUGUAGUUUACAUAUAAUUGGUGGUGCACUUUUGCUAGAUGAACAGAAAUAGAGCUUAAGCUGAUGUCUUGACAAUAGAUUACUUUGAUAAUUUGAGAGGGGUCUUAAAAAAUCAUUUAUUCAAUCAAUGCUGACAAUUUGCUUGUUCUUUCUGUUGCCCCAGAGGGAUCUUUAAUCAUUUGCAGGUGUAAUUCAGAGAUAGUGUCACUUGUUGUUUAAUGGCCUCCAAGGGUACAAACCAGACCUUGCUCCCAGGACUAGCAGAUCCACCACCUCCAAAAAGUAAUGAAAAAGUUUCCAAGAUAAGGCGAUAUCGUCGCUGUAAAAGUGCUCCGACAGCUGAUUUUCUUCCUGCGGAAAUUGGCUUAAACAACCUUCGACGCUCCGAAUCCAUUUUUUGGAAGCCUCAUCCUCAUUAUCUGAGGUUGGCUGCAUACUUGGGUGUGUAUCUGAGUGCAGGCACCAUGUGCUUCUUCAGCAUUCAGGGACAAAUCAAAGGAAAGAAAACAAAUGGAAUCUUGGAUUCUGUUUAUUUCUGUAUUGUGACAAUGACCACAGUUGGAUACGGAGACCUUGUGCCAGAUAGUGUUCUUUCGAAACUACUUGUCUGUGCUUUUGUCUUUAUAGGGAUGGGUCUAGGUGGUCUAAUGCUGAGUAAAGCAGCCGACUACUUGGUAGAGAAGCAGGAAAUCUUUCUGAUUAAGGCCCUGCAUAUUCCUCAAAAACUUAGUCCAAUGGAUAUGCACAAGGAGGUUGAAACACACAGAGUCAGGUACAAAUGCAUCUUGCAUUUGAUCAUCGUUUUGGUGCACAUCAUUGUCGGGACAGUUGUCCACGCCUUUGUUGAGGACAUGGACUUCGUCGAUUCCUUCUACUGUGUUUGUUCUACCAUUACAACACUGGGUUACGGUGACAAGAGUUUCUCAACGACUGGGGGUCGUGUUUUCGCAAUCUUUUGGAUCCUCACUAGUACCAUGUCUUUAGGUCAGUUUUUCCUCCGCAUUGCUGAGCUAAACACUGUAAAGAGGCAAAUGAAACUGGUCAAUUGGGUUCUUAACCGGAGAAUGACAGCCGCCGACUUGGAGGCAGCUGAUCUUGAUGGCGAUGGCGAUGUUAGUCCAGCGGAGUUCAUCAUAUAUAAGCUCAAAGAGAUGGGGAAGGUUUGCGAAGAAGAUAUUUCACCGGUAUUGAAGGAGUUCAAGGAUCUUGAUGUCGAUCAAUCAGGAACAUUGUCGACUUCCGAUAUAAUACUUGCUCAAAACCCUCAAACCAAAUAGCUGAAGUUGAUCCUCUUUGUAACAUAAAACUAAUGUCAACUUCUUAUUGCCAAAUGUAUUCUCAUAGACCGAACCUAAAAUAAAAUUUAAGAGACUAAGGUUAAAUAUAAAAAGAUCAAUAAAAAAAUAAAAUUUUAUGAGUUA